GUGAUUCGACUGGUGGAUUGCCCCCGCUCGCCUCUGGCACACCAUCCGCUGCACUGCACAUCGAAACUCGCAGUCGGGGCUGUCGACGGCUUCCUUGCACCUCAAUUGUGACUCCCCCAGCCUACCAAGCCACGUAGAAAUGUCUGCCCAGCAGCAGGCCGCGCUGCUACGCUCCACGCGGCGAGCGCCAUGGCCCGCCACCGCCGCCGCCCGUCGCCACCGCCGCCUCCGCUGCCCCCGCCCUGCCCUGGUCGCCGUCUCGGCUGCGGCGCAGGCCCGCGACCUGACCGCCUUCAUAGCCCGCCUGCCCAAGGCCGAGCUGCACCUGCACGUGGAGGGCAGCCUGGAGCCGGAGCUGAUGAUGGCGCUGGCGGCGCGCAACCACGUGACGGUGCCAUACGCCGACGUGCAGGCGGCCCGUGACGCGCGCGCCUCCUUCACCUCCCUCCAAGACUUCCUCAACCUGUACUACGAGGGCAUGUCGGUGCUGCUGACGGAGCAAGACUUUUUCGACCUCACGGAUGCAUACCUGGCGCGGGCGGCGUCCGAGGGCGUGCGCCACACAGAGAUCAUGUUUGACCCGCAGGCCCACCUCAACAGGGGCGUCCCCUUCUCCACUUUCUUUCCGGGGCUGCAGCGGGCGGUGGAGGAGGCGCCUGCGCGGCACGGCCUGACUGCCUCCCUCAUCAUGUGCUUCAUGCGAGACUUAGGGGCAGAGUCAGCUGCCGACGUGCUGCAGCAGGCAGUGCCCUACCUCCAGCACAUCUCGGGUGUGGGGCUGGACUCUGCUGAGCACGGCUACCCUCCCUCCCUGUUUACCGAGGUGUUUAAGAAGGCCGGAGAGCUCGGGCUGAAGCGCAUGGCACACGCAGGUGAGGAGGGCGGGCCCGAGAACAUUUGGUCGGCCAUGAAAGACCUGCAGGUUGACAGAGUGGACCACGGCGUGCGCUGCCUAGACGACCCGCAGCUGGUGGCGCACCUGGAGGAGACGCAGGUGGCGCUGACCGUCUGCCCGCUCAGCAACCUGUGCCUCCAGGUCUACCCCGGCAGCCUGGGGGAGAAGCUGCGCCAGCUGCUGCAGGACACCAAGGUGGCGGUGACGGUCAACUCCGAUGACCCCGCCUACUUCUUCCACGCCGACAGCGGCGGCGGCUACGUGAACGCCAACUACACCUAUCUUGCGAAUGUGGCCGGGCUCAGCGCGUCGCAGCUGGCCCAGCUGGCGGCCGCCGGCUUCCGGGCCAGCUUCCUGGACGACGUGGCCAAGCGCCAGCACAUCGCCGCCGUGGCUGCCGCGCUGGAGGAGUGGGAGGCGGCGGCCGGCGCCACGGCGUGA